AUGGCAUCCAAGCUAGCUGCCGAGUGCCUUUUUUGCAAAAUUAUCAGAAGCGAAAUCCCAUCGUUCAAAAUCCACGAGACCGCCCACAGCUUUGCCUUCCUCGACAUCGGACCUUUGUCCGAGGGACAUGCACUGGUAAUCCCAAAGUACCAUGCUGAGAAGAUGCACGAGCUCCCCGAUGAGUUUUUGGCUGAUGCAAUGCCUGUGGCAAAGAAGAUCGCUAACAACGGCAGGCUGGCGCACCAGGAGGUCCCCCAUGUUCACUUCCACAUCAUCCCAAAGCCCAAUGAGGAGGAGGGCCUGGCCAUCGGCUGGCCUACCAAGAAAGCCGACUUUGAAAGGCUGAAGGAACUCGCGGGUAGCCUGAAACUUAAGGACAUCAAAAACGUGGUGUAG